GACCCUUCCGCAGGGUUCGACUUCGAAACCAUCUGUCAGUGGAAAGACAUUUGGCUUGGGACUUGCCCCGACCGCCCACCUGCUCCGCUUCCUCACCUGCUGGCUGGAACCAUUCGAGUGGGUUGAUAUCAGGCCAUUGCUGCUCAGCUGCAAGGCAUUCGGCUUCGCCUGUCAUUCUUCAUUCCUUUUACACUAGGUCACUUCUUGGUCUUGGGCAAUUGCAUCUGCUCCCCUUUGGACAGACUUCCGCGAUAGCAAUUGAACACUGAUCCUUCGAUACGACACCGAUCAAACAUAUCGUUAGCAAGCUAGUCUUGCCAACUCCCUGCCGCAACAAUGGCCGUUCCUCAAGAAAAGGUGGCCGUCCACACCACGGUCGCCAGCAUCGCUCUUCCCGAGAAGGCGGCGUACUCGAAGCUGUCUGACACCAUCGCCACGACCCCUGGCACACUUACUCCUGUUGCUUCAACCCCCGAAAAGAGCCUGGAGAUGCCCCGCGAUAGCAACCUUUCUACCCCGCGGUCGUACCGCAACGAGAACCCCUUCGAUACCGACAUCGAGGCUAUGAUCACCACGACAUCCUCCUCCGACCCCUACGCCAUGAAGAGCAUCUCAACUACAAAAGACUGCCCAACGAUAUGGCCGGGCAAGCAGGAUUGGAAGGCCAAGGCGAAGGCCGCGAAGCGUGAUAGGGGCUCCUGCGCCUGCAUGGCCCGCAUGAGCAAGAAGAACCGCAUCAUCAUGAAGGUCGCCAUCGGCCUCCUCGUCAUUGGCGUCGGUGUCGGUGUUGGCUUCGGCGUCAGCAAGCCUUUGGGCGCACCCAUCUGGGGCACCCCUGAUGGAAACAAGUGAAGAUGACAAGUCUUUCGGCGACAUUUACACUUCGACAAUGAACUACAAAACGUCAAUCUGGCCAUCCAGCCGACUAUCACACCGAACAUAGCCGCAUAGAAGCUCUAUCACCACCACACUCGAGCCGCUUUCCCUUCAGCUUGU